GCCAAUAAGGAGAGCCUGUCAUUGACCGCCAAUUCGCAGCAUUUGGUCAUCAAUUUGAGACAAUUUCUGAAACAAACAAAUAGUUUGCAAACAAAUCGCAGCCUAAGAGGAGAGACAACUGUGAGGUUGUUCUUCCGUACGGGUCGGCUGACAAACGUGAGACCACAGGUGCCCCGACUGCUGGCCACUGCCAACCAGACGUACCAUCACUUCAGACAAGAGUUACCCAUAUUUGGGUUCAGGAAACAGAUAUUGUCAGCCAUUGAUAGCAAUCGAGUGGUGAUCAUAAGCGGUGACACGGGUUGUGGCAAAACAACUCAAGUGCCGCAGUAUCUGCUGGAAGACAGUGCCCUCAACGGUAAGCCCUGUCGUAUCGUUUGCUGCGAACCGCGCCGUUUGGCAGCCAUUAGUGUCUGCGAAAGGAUUUGUGUCGAAAGGAAUGAACAAAUCGGAGGAACAGUCGGCUAUCAGAUCCGACUCGAGAGCAGAGUCUCAAAUGACACGCUUUUGACGUUUUGCACAAAUGGUGUGAUUCUGAGGACAUUGAUGUCCAACAAACCGGACUUCUUGAGGAAUGUGACGCAUAUUAUCAUCGAUGAGGUGCACGAAAGGGACCGUUUCAGUGACUUUUUACUGUUAAUUCUCAAACAAACUCUCAAAACUGAUGCUAACAUUAAACUCAUUCUGAUGUCCGCCACGUUUAACAUCAAGAAAUUUGAAGACUAUUUCGAGUGCGAGAGUCCAGUGAUUGAAAUCCCUGGCCGUCAACACCCGGUCGAUGAAUACUUCUUAGAGGAUGUCCUCAAAGCCACUAAUUAUAUGACUCUUCCGAUGGCGAGAUAUAAACAGAUAUUAGAUAAUCAAAAACGCAAACAACAGACAACUGUGGCUAAGAGUGGAUCCGCUGAGCCACCGGUGCCUAAGAGAGCACCUGAAGUGGAGUCUCAACUCAAACAGGCGGUUGAUUUGCUUCUGAAGGGCGCGUGGGUUGAGGGAACUGACGAGGCGUUUGACAAACUCUUGGAUUUCGUUUCGCAGAAUAGUUUUCUAAUAGAUCACAAACACAGUGAGACAGGUGUGACAGCACUGGUAUGUGCUUCCGGUCAUAAUAAGUUGCAAGUAGUGGAAGCACUGGUAUGUUUUGGGGCCGAUGUCUCUGUGAGAACGCCUAAUGACAUGACGGCCUACGAUUGGGCCCAAUAUUUCGGUCACAACGAAGUCGGCAGUUAUUUGUCGAGCGUUUCGGACGAUAAGAGUGUCGGCGCUGUUGGCAACCAAUUGACUGAAGAGGAGAAGGAAUUGUUAGAUAUUUAUCACAACUGUUUCAAUGACGACGACAUCGACUGCCAAUUGAUUUGCGCUAUUUUGGCGCAUAUCAUGCGAAACAGCAGUCCUGACGGUGCGAUUCUGGUCUUCCUUCCCGGACUCGACGACAUACUGGCCGUUAAGGACAGCAUUCUCUCAGAUAUGAAGCGAUUUAAUCCCAAUUAUUACGAGAUAUUUAUACUUCACUCACAAAUGCAAUCGUCGGACCAAAAACGGGUAUUCAAUCGAUUGUCGAAUAGUUGCAGAAAAAUAAUUCUGUCGACAAAUAUCGCCGAAACGAGUCUUACCAUCGAUGACGUGGUCUUUGUUAUAGACUUAGGGAAAGUCAAAGAGAAGUCAUUCGACUCAUUGAUGGGCAUUUCGUCGCUUAAAUCUGUUUGGAUAUCGCAGUCGAGUCGCUUUCAAUUGCCGGAAAUAUUGCGAAUUCCUAUCCAUGAGGUGUGUCUGCAAACCAAACUACUUGUGCCCAACAAUGAGAUGUCAAUCCACGAGUUUUUGUCGGCUGCUAUCGACCCGCCCUCCAUAGCCAGUGUCCGCGCGUCUGUACAACUGCUAAAGACCAUUGAUGCGUUGGACUCAACGGAACAGUUGACACAACUUGGCGUCCGUUUAUUGGAUUUGCCGAUUGAACCCAAUUAUGGCAAAAUGCUUCUCUACUCUAUUGCAUUUCGUCGCUUAAAUCUGUUUGGAUAUCGCAGUCGAGUCAAAAACCGUUACCAAAGUCUACAGCGCUUUCAAUUGCCGGAAAUUUUGCGAAUUCCUAUCCAUGAAGUGUGUCUGCAAACCAAACUACUUGUGCCCAACAAUGAGAUGUCAAUCCACGAGUUCUUGUCGGCUGCUAUCGACCCGCCCUCCAUAGCCAGUGUCCGCGCGUCUGUACAACUGCUGAAGACCAUUGAUGCGUUGGACUCAACGGAACAGUUGACACAACUUGGCGUCCGUUUAUUGGAUUUGCCGAUUGAACCCAAUUAUGGCAAAAUGCUUCUCUACUCUAUUGUAUUGAAAUGUGUGGAACCGGUGCUCACAAUCGUCAGCUCAUUUGCAUACCGAGAUCCUUUUAUGAUUCCAUCGGUUGUCGAAAAGCAGAGGUCUUUGAAAUCGAUUAAGAAAUCGUUUUGCGAAACCAAUUCAUUCAGUGAUCACAUCAUAUAUUUGAAUGCAUUUAAUCGGUGGUUAGAGUUACCCCCCAAUGGGCGCCACGCCUUCUGUCGACAGAAUCUCAUCUCAAACAAUACGAUGGCUUUAAUCGAUGGCAUUCGGCAACAGAUUUUGGGACAGUUAGUGAGCGCCGGCUUUAUUAGGCAUAAUAGCGACGAACAUAAUAGGAAUGCUAGCAAUUGGGUGGCAAUAAAGGCCGCCUUAUGUGCCGGCGCUUACCCUAAGCUCAUACACUUUGACGAAGAAUUGGGACAAUUUCGGUGUCAAAAGGAUAAGAUUCGGUUUCACGGGUCGUCCCAAUUGAACGCCGACCCCAACACCGAUAAGUUUGUCGGGAAUUACUCUAAAUUACGGAAAAUAAUGCCAACGAAUUGGUAUAUCUAUGAAGAGAUGAUACUAAUGGGUCGCACAUCAUAUGCCAAGACUUUGACUGCUGUCAGCACUAUAACAGUGGCUCUCUUUGCCGGCAGACCAGCCGCUGAGGAGACACAACCGGUUGCCGUCAGCGCUGAUUUGGAUUCCGUAGCGAACCUACAGAUCGACGACUGGAUUCGCUUCGACUCUAACGCACAGACCGUCAAAAUCGUUGAUUUUCUGAAACAAGAAUUGCAUUCACUUUUCGUUCGGCAAAUCGAUUCACUCUCGAAAGCGUCGGCCCAGAAGUCAGACUUUGACAACAGAGUUGUCGAUGCAGUCAUCCAAGUGUUGGAAACCGAGGAAAUGGCGACCGGUUUCGGGGAAGUGGACGGCUCUGGUCUCAGACCCAGAGUUGGUCCUGUCAUUGGCCCUCAAUUCCAACCCAAAUAUGAAAGCCGUCAAUACCAUUCCAACCGUCAGUUUCGACAACAGAAACAGAGAUUUAAAGAAAACCAAAGAUAUCCUAAUUAUUAGACAAUUUGUUUAUAUUUUUGUCAUUACUUUCUAUUUAUAACUUAUAUAACCGUAAC